AUGUCAGUCCCUCAGCCCGAAUGUUCUAACGACAUCAAUCACUUUGAAGAGGUUGAAAACCACGAGAACAGCGAGGACGACGAGGAUACCACUGACUUCGAUGACGACUUCUAUAACACAGAAGACAUGGAUUACUUUGAUGACCGUGACCUUGAUGACAUUGAUGACAUCGAUAACCAAAACAACAAUUCUCCAAAUCCAUCAGAUUCCUCUUCAGAAGAACCCAGCAUAGAAGGAAUUAUAACGGCUCUCUCCGAUAUCGAACUCGACAACGACGACGACAGAAUGGCCCUCACAUUUACUAGAGGGUUUGAGGCAUUCCCCGAGGAAGUUCAAAUGUUAAUUUGGAAGUUCACUGCACUCCAUGUCAGGCGCACCAUCGUCAUGGAGUUUGGACGAAAUACGUUCAAAUUCGCCAAUUGCCCCUCAACUCCAGCUUUCAUGCAUGUAUGUCGCCGAGCUCGGAAAUAUGGCUUGGAUAUUUUCAAAGCUGUUAACGAGCGUGGAGUUUCACAUGACAUCACAGAUCGCGACAAGUUUGACAGAUUUUAUUUCUACGCCAAUCCGAUUAGCGAUGACUUUAUCUUGAGAUUUGGACUGGAGAGAAACUGCCCCAAUCCAGUUUACUGUCCCAUAGAGUCAAGUUCUUCUUAUAUGAGAAGUGAGUUGAGAGUUGCUGAACGUGGACUGGAAUCUGAGCAUAGGGAAUUGAUGUUAAGACGUCAGCAAGAGCAACAAGCCCUCAAUGCUCCACAUGCAAUCCCAUGGGUCAUACAACAACAAGUGCAUGUCAUGCUUCAUGCGCCCCCCCAAAUUCAAAAUUUUGCCGGUGCUGCUCCGACUACUCAACUUCCUGUUGCACCUCAACUUCCUCCUCCUGCUGCUGCUGCUGCACCUCAACAGGGCUUGAACGUAAAUGCAGCACCUCUCCAGCCUGGUGCUGGUGUUCAAUUACAACCACAGGGAAAUCCUAACCCAGCUCAAGGAGCAGCACCACAGCAAGCUGCCCCAGCAAUCCCAGCACCAGUCCCACCACGGCCACCUCCUCCACUUACCCCAGGCGACCCAGUUUUCCCUGAUGAUAACCAGCUUCCUGAGUUCUUCACCAACAUCCGAUCCGUCGGCAUCAACCUCGAUCUUCCCUUCUCAGUCGACUUUGACUUUUCCCAGAUGAAUCCACGUGCACUUCGAACCUGGGCCGGAGAUGCCAUCAAAACCAAGUUCGACGAUGUAUUCACCAAGGUCCUGGAUCAAUUUCCCAAACUCGAGUAUGCAUUUGCAGUCGUGAGAGCCCACGGUCGCAGCAAUCAGGAGAUCAGCAAUGGGUAUGAAUUUGAGCUUGAGAAGAAGAAGUGGACGGAGGUGGGCAUGGCCAAAUGUGAGGGUAUGUGUAUGGGGUAUGAUGAGUUUAGACAAUUGGAUUAUCAGGCCAGGCGUUGGUUUAUGAUGGAGAGAAUUACGAGGGGAAUGGCGUUGAAUAAGUUGGAUUUCGGAUUGUAUGUUCAGUGGAAUAUUCAGUGGGAAAUUUAG